AUGAAUACCGAGCAAGCCUUCGAGAAGCACCUUGCCCUUCAAAGACGGCCGCUAACGUUUUUGUUGAGCAAGAAUGUUCCUCCGUUGCCGUUGCAGGAGGAGCGAAAGACGUUCCCGCAUUAUAAGACCAAUCCUCUAUAUCGCUGCUUUUUCUGGUAUUUGACACCCCUUCUGCGGGUUGGGUACAAGAGGACACUCCAGCCGGAAGAUUUGUUUGUUUUGGAUGAGCAGCAGACGAUUGAUUACAUGUACACCAAGUUUAAGAGCACGUUCGAACCAGAGGUCGAAAAGCUUUUGGCCCAGCAUAUUGCUCGAAAAUGCCAAGAGCGCGGCGAAACACCGGAGACUUCCUCGGUCUCUCCAGAAGAGGAUGCGGACGACUUUGAAAUCAAAGUGUCUGUUUUAGGUAAGCAUUUGUUCUACACAUUUGGCUGGCAGUAUUCGAGAGCAGCCUUUGUGAAGGUGUUAGCCGAUAUCGCUGGAACUCUCAUGCCCUUGCUUCAGAAAAAACUGGUCGAUUUCGUGGAGACCAGGGGUUACGGGGCCAGCACCAACACGGGAAAGGGAGUCGGCUACGCUAUCGGGGCGUGUGCCAUGAUCCUAUUUUCCGGUAUUUGCAUUAAUCAUUAUUUUUAUAACUCCAUCACCACCGGAGCCAAGGUGAAGGCCGUUUUGACGAAGGCCCUGCUGGAAAAAAGUUUCAAACUCGACGCUCGCGGCAAGCACAGAUUCCCUGUGGGUAAGAUCAAUUCUAUUAUGGGAACAGAUCUCGCAAGAGUUGAUCUUGCUAUCGGGUUUUUCCCCUUCCUGUUCAUUUUCCCUAUUCCUGUUAUCAUUGUCGUCGUGAUGCUGAUUGUUAAUAUCGGGGUUUCUGCUCUUGCAGGUAUUGCUGUGUUUGUCUUUUUCACGCUAUUCACAGGAUUUCUCAUUAGAUACCUUUUCAAGUUGAGAGUGAGCGCAAAUGUGUUCACAGACCAAAGGGUUAACUUAAUCAAGGAGCUCCUGAAAAAUUUCAAAAUGAUCAAGCUGUACGGCUGGGAAAACUCGUAUCUUCGCUCUUUCCAGAAAAUCCGUUCCCAGGAGAUGUCGACGCUGUUCAAGAUGCAGGGCGGCAAGAACGUUCUGAUCGGAAUUUCGCUCUGGAUGCCUUUGGCUGCCUCUAUGGUGGCAUUUUUGGUUCUUCACAGCCUGAAGAGCAGUCGUUCUGUUGGAGACAUUUUCUCAUCUCUGACUCUUUUCCAGGUUCUCACACAGCAGUUCCUGUUGGUCCCUGCCAGUCUUGCCAUGUCCAGUGAUAUGGUCAUUGGACUCAAACGUGUCUGUCAAUUACUUUCCUGUCCGGAGGAUAAGGAGCUGGACAAGUUUUUUGAUGACCUCGAUGACGAGAAACUAGCAAUGAAGAUUGAGAAUGCGAGCUUCCAAUGGCACACUUUUGAGGACGAUGAAACGGAGGACAAGAACGAGAGUGUCAAGAGCACCAAAAGCACCAAGAGCUCGACAAUGUCCGAGGAGCAGGAGGUUGUGGAAAAGGAGUCUCACGAGCGCGAGGAGCUAUCAAAGACGGAUUUCCCAGGGCUGCUCAAUUUGAACCUGUCCAUCAAAAAAGGUGAUUUCGUGGUUGUUACAGGCUCUGUUGGGUCUGGAAAGUCGUCAUUAUUGAACGCAUUGUGCGGUUUCAUGCCCAAGACCGAGGGAAGAGUUUGCAAAAAUGGUAGUGUCAUGCUUUGUGGUGCCCCGUGGGUGCAAAAUGCCACUGUGAAGGACAAUAUCACGUUUGGCCGGCCUUUCGAUCAGGAAAAGUAUGACAGCGUUGUGAAAGUGUGCUCCUUGAAGGGAGACUUUGAUCAGCUGCCAGGAGGAGAGCUCACAGAGGUGGGUGAGCGUGGUAUUACUCUCUCUGGUGGCCAGAAGGCGCGGAUCAACCUUGCCAGAGCCGUCUAUGCUGACAGAGACAUUAUCAUGUUGGACGAUGUUCUGAGUGCUGUGGACGCCAAGGUUGGCAAGUUCAUAAUGGACGAGUGCAUUCUUGGAUACCUCAGGGAUAAGACGCGUAUUCUUGCUACGCAUCAGCUUUCGCUGAUUGGCUCUGCCGACAAAAUCAUGUUUUUGAACGGUGACGGAUCCGUUGACUGCGGAACGUUUGCCGAGCUCAGGAGCAGAAACACCGAGUUUGUGAGACUUAUGGAGUUCAGUCAUGACGUUGAGAAGGAUGACGACGAGGAGACAUUAGAAAACGAGAAGAAGGGCUUUUUUGACGACGAAGACAAGGGUAAGCUUGUUCAGGCGGAAGAAAAGGCUGUCAACGCAAUCUCCUGGCAGGUGUACAAGUCGUACAUCAACACAGGAUCUGGCAAACUCAGGGCCUUGCUCCCCAUGCUAUUUUUCCUCGUGAUUGCUCUCACCACCUUCCUCACUCUAUUCACCAACAACUGGCUGUCUUUCUGGAUUGUCGACAGAUUCCACCGCCCAAAGAAGUUCUAUGAGGGCAUCUAUAUUAUGUUUACUAUGCUGGUUAUGGUUUUCAACGUUCUGCAGUUUAUGAUCCUCGUCUAUUUCUGCAACAGAGCAGCGCUGCGAUUGAACAUCAUGGCCUUCAAGAGAGUGUUGCAUGCCCCAAUGUCGUUCAUGGACACGUCUCCUAUGGGACGUGUUCUCAAUAGAUUCACUAAGGACACCGACGCCCUGGACAACGAGAUUCAGGAUCAACUCAGAAUGUUCCUUAAUCCAGCAGCCACCAUCAUCGGCACCCUCGUUCUGUGCAUUAUCUACCUUCCGUGGUUCGCCAUAGCUAUUCCGUUCCUGGCAAUGCUGUUUUUCCUGGUGUCCUCGUUUUACCUGUCGAGCUCGAGAGAGGUCAAGCGGCUCGAGGCCGUGAAGAGAUCGGUGGUGUACUCGCACUUUAACGAGGCACUGUCUGGAAUGGACACGAUCAAGGCCCACGGCUCCACGGAGCGGUUCCUGAAGGUAAACGAAAAACUCAUAGAUGACAUGAACGAGAGCUACUACGUUGUUGUCGCCAUCCAGGGAUGGCUUGCCAUUAGUUUGGACUCGGUUGCGACGCUGCUGUGUCUGAUCGUUGCACUGCUCUGCUGUUUCCGUGUGUUCAACAUCAGCGGAGCUUACACUGGUCUGCUGCUUACCUAUGUCUUGACCAUUGCAGGUCUGUUGAGUUUCAUGCUGAGAUCGCUGACCGAAGUCGAAAACCAGAUGAACUCCGUCGAAAGAGUCAAUUAUUAUGCCACCAGUAUCAAACAGGAGGCGCCUUUCGAGAUACCAGAGAACGACCCAGAGCCAAGCUGGCCUGCUGUAGGAGCCGUGAAAUUUAUCGAUGUCAGCAUGAGAUACAGGGAGGAGCUUCCGCUGGCCGUCAAGCACCUCGACAUCAACGUUCGUGGGGGCGAGAAAAUUGGUAUAUGUGGCCGCACGGGAGCCGGAAAGUCGAGCAUCAUGUACUGUUUGUUCCGGCUGGCGGAAUUCGAGGGCCAAAUACUGAUUGACGGAGUCGACAUAUCGAGAAUCGGACUGCACAAGCUGAGAUCGCGGCUGUCUAUAAUUCCGCAAGAUCCUGUUUUGUUUAGCGGUACUGUGCGCUCGAACCUGGAUCCUUUCGGCGAGCACGACGACGAGACCCUUUGGACUUCGCUAGGCAAGGCAGGUCUUAUCGACAGAGAUCUUUUGCCUCAAGUCAAGGAGCAGAGCAAGGGGGACCCCAAUCUGCACAAAUUCCAUCUGAGUCGGACUGUUGAGGAUGACGGUUCGAACUUCUCUCUUGGUGAGAAGCAGCUGAUUGCUUUGGCCAGAGCCCUUGUUAGGGGCACGAAAAUUCUGGUUCUGGAUGAGGCUACUUCGAGCGUUGACUACGAAACCGACGCCAAAGUUCAGACGACCAUCACCAAGGAGUUUAGUGAUUGCACUGUGCUCUGCAUUGCACACAGAUUAAAGACUAUUGUGAAAUAUGACCGGAUCUUGGUCAUGGACAAGGGACAGAUCGCCGAGUUCGACACCCCACGGAAAUUGUACGACCAAAAAGGCAUUUUCAGGUCGAUGUGCAACAAGAGUGGAGUUUCUGAGGCCGAUCUAAAAUAA